CAUGAGAACAGAGAACAUUCAACCCACUGAAAAGAGAGGUAUUAACGCGCUUCACCUACAGACUUGGAGGUUUAUAUAGACUUCAGAAGUUUCCAACUUAAAAAAAAAAAAGACCCUCGGUUUGAAAAUUAGGGCUGAACUAAAAAAUUUCCACAAAAGAGGUUUCUUGAAAGAACCAUGGAGAUCAGAGGGGCACUCCUUCUGCGGAAAAGGCAAGUCCUGAUUCUCUUUGUUUUACUGGGAUUGUCUCAGGCGCGUCCUGAGUCUGUGCCCUAUUCUGUGGCAGAGGAAACAGAAAUCGGUUCUUUGGUGGCUAAUCUGGCAAGGGAUCUGGGGCUUGGGGUGGAGGAGCUCUCUUCACGGGAAGCUCGGGUAGUAUUUGAUGAUAAUGAAAAGCAUUUGCACCUCGAUUUGCUGACUGGGGAUUUGCUGAUAAAUGAUAAACUUGACCGAGAAGAGUUGUGUGGCUCCACGGAGCCCUGUGUGAUGCAUUUUCAGAUGGUAUUGGAGAACCCUUUACAGUUUUUUCAGGCUGAGCUGCACAUCAAAGAUAUAAAUGAUCACUCCCCUACAUUUCUUGACAAUGAAAUAGUUAUUAAAAUAUCAGAAAGUACCACCAUUGGAACUACAUUCCUAAUGGAGAGUGCCCAAGAUUUGGAUGUAGGAAGCAACAGUCUUCAAAACUACACAGUUAGCCCCAAUUCUCACUUCUACAUUAAAAUUCAAGACAGCGACGAUGGAAAGAUAUACCCAGAACUGGUCCUGCACAGAGCACUAGAUCAUGAGGAGGAGCCUGAGCUCAUAUUAACACUUGUAGCACUGGAUGGUGGAAACCCCCCCAGGUCUGGGACAACUUUGGUCCUCAUCAAGGUCUUAGACAUCAACGACAAUGCCCCAGAGUUUCCUCAGAGGCUCUAUGAGGUGCAGAUCCUGGAAAACGCACCGGUUGGCUCUUGGAUUAUCACCGUCUCUGCUAAGGAUCUGGAUGCAGGAAAUUAUGGGAAAAUACUUUAUACGUUUUUUCAUGCAUCAGAAGAUAUUCGUAAAACAUUUGAAAUCAACCCAAUAUCUGGGGAAGUUCAUUUGAGAUCACAACUGGAUUUUGAAGUAGUACAAUCCUACACUAUAAAUAUUCAGGCAACAGACGGUGGGGGUCUUUCCGAAGAAUGCACUCUUUUGGUUAAAGUAAUAGAUACAAAUGACAAUCCGCCAGAAGUGAUCAUCUCAUCAAUUACAAAGAUAAUUCCAGAGAACGCCGCAGAGACCCUUGUGGCUCUUUUUAGUGUCCGAGACCAAGACGCUGGAGAAAAUGGAAGGAUUGUUUGCUCUAUCCAAGAUGACCUCCCAUUUUUUCUGAAACCGACCUUCAAGAACUUUUUCACCCUAGUUUCAGAUAAAGCACUGGACAGAGAGGAAAGAGCAGAGUACAACAUCACCAUCACGGUCACUGACAUGGGAACCCCCAGGCUGAAAACCGAGCACAACAUAACCGUGCUGGUGGCCGACGUCAACGACAACGCCCCCGCCUUCACCCAGACCUCCUACACCCUGUGGGUCCGCGAGAACAACAGCCCCGCCCUGCACAUCGGCAGCGUCAGCGCCACAGACACAGACGCGGGCGCCAACGCCCAGGUCACCUACUCGCUGCUGCCGCCGCCAGACCCGCACCUGCCCCUCGCCUCCCUCGUGUCCAUCAACCCCGACAACGGCCACCUCUUCGCCCUCACGUCCCUGGACUACGAGGCCCUGCGGGCCUUCGAGUUCCGCGUGGGCGCCGCCGACCGCGGCUCGCCCGCGCUCAGCAGCCAGGCGCUGGUGCGCGUGCUCGUGGCGGACGCCAACGACAACGCGCCCUUCGUGCUCUACCCGCUGCAGAACGCCUCGGCGCCCUGCACCGAGCUGGUGCCCAGGGCGGCCGAGCCCGGCUACCUGGUGACCAAGGUGGUGGCGGUGGACGGCGACGCGGGCCAGAACGCCUGGCUGUCGUACCAGCUGCUCAAGGCCACGGAGCCCGGGCUGUUCGGCGUGUGGGCGCACAACGGCGAGGUGCGCACGGCGCGGCUGCUGAGCGAGCGCGACGCGCCCAAGCAGCGGCUGGUGGUGCUGGUCAAGGACAACGGCGAGCCGCCGCUGUCGGCCAGCGUCACGCUGCACGUGCUGCUGGUGGACGGCUUCUCGCAGCCCUACCUGCCGCCCCCGGAAGCGGAAGCGGCGGCCGCGGCGCCGGCCGACCCGCUCACCGUCUACUUGGUGGUGGCCUUGGCGUCGGUGUCGUCGCUCUUCCUCUUCUCGGUGCUGGUGUUCGUGGCGGCGCGGCUGUGCAGGAGGGGCGGGGCGGGCUCGGCGGGUCGCUGCCCGGUGCCCGAGGGCCACUUCCCGGGCCACCUGGUGGACGUCAGCGGCACGGGGACCCUGUCCCAGAGCUACCAGUACGAGGUGUGUCUGACGGGAGGAACUGGGACGAAUGAAUUUAAAUUUCUGAAGCCGUUUAUCCCUAAUCUUCCAGUUCAAGACACCGGUAGGCAUAUAGGGGAACAUGAGAACUUUAGAAAUAGCUUUGGACUCAAACUUCAGUAAAAUAAUUUAAACUUCU